CGACGCUCGGGUUGAAGUCCGUUUUGGCGGAUCUCGACCUAAAAUAAUUAUCGAGCCGUACCCGGCCCAGUGCCGCUUAGCACCUUCUGGUAAAACUCACUCACAACACAACAUCGGACACCAGAACUAGAACCAAUUACAAAGGGAGAAUCGAAUGUCUUCGAAGAGCCAAGAAGGAGAGUCCCCAUCACCAUCACCGUCAUCUGACGGCUGGAAAGAGCGAAUCUUCAUUCCUACCGUCGUCGCAGGGGUUGCGGGCGCAGGAUAUGGCUUAAUAUCAAAACAUCGAAAAGUUUAUGGUCUGGCUAAUAUAUCUUCUACUUAUGCUACUAAUUUUUCCAUCGUCACCGCCUGCUAUUGCGGAGCACGUGAAUUUGUAGGAGCAAGUCGUAAAACAGGACCUGAUGAUCUAUUCAACUCCGCAAUUGCUGGCUUUGGUAGUGGAGCCAUUCUUGGGCGUCUUCAAGGUGGUCAAGUUGGCGCAAUCCGUUACUCAAUCAUCUUUGCCGUUGUGGGGACAACAGUGGAUUAUGCUACUAUCAGGCUAAAACCAAUGUUAAGGAAUUUCCAAGAAUCAUGGAAGAAUGGUGAUUGGUUGAAGUUGCCAGAGUGGUCUCCAAUUCAGGUUCUUGAUGAUGAAGCCCUGGCUGAAAAACAAGCUCGGGAACAAAAACUUUUUGCACAACGAGCACUAGGUAAACUAAGCAAAGAAGAAUCUUGACAAUGUGCUCCUUUCCAUAUAAAAUUUUGUAUUAUCAUGUCAACUGAAAAUAAUGUUCUGGGUUAUUAGUUCAGACUCGAGUGAACUUUGAAGUUAACCGGGUCUAUGUUUUGGUUGCCCCUUCUGUCUACAGUUUUACUGUUAGGAUCUCUUCCGAACUCAGGAAAGAUAAUUAGGUAAUUGUUUAACUCUUUUGCGGUACCAUAAAAACUUUGUGGUUAUUAAUAACAUUUAGCCAAAAUUGGGCACUGAUAAUUACUCAA